CUUUGAUAGAUGACUAGGCUAACGUAUAAAUAUCCCGUAUUAUUCCAAAAGUAAACUACAAAUUUCUUGUAACUCGGAACUAUAUAUGCAUCGGGUUGCACAGCACAAUGCCAACGAUCAUCGAAGGUCUCUCGGGCUACGAGAGUACGCGGUACAUCUUCUACCCUCUUCUGGCUGUCACCACCGGUCUCUGGCUCUUCCACCGAUGGCAGCAGCAGACCAAGUUCUUCAAGAUGGGUAACGCGAUCCCCGGCCCUCUCAACCUACCUAUAGUGGGCAAUGCUCUUAUGGUCGUCGGAAAAACACCCUCUGACCUGAUGCACUGGGUGCUGGAGUAUUCCAAGCAGUUUGGGAACGUAGUCAGGGUAUGGUUGGGCUCUAAGCUGAUUAUAUUCCUAACUGAACCCGACGAUGCUGAAGUCAUCCUCAACAGUCAGAUUCAUAUUGACAAGUCCACGGAGUACAAGUUCUUCGAACCUUGGCUUGGUGAAGGAUUGCUUAUUAGUACAGGUGAGAAAUGGCGCUCACAUAGGAAAAUCAUUGCUCCAACAUUCCACAUAAACAUCUUAAAGUCUUUCAUCCCUGUUUUCAACAAAAACAGCAAAAACGUUGUCGACAAAUUGAAGAAUGAAAUGGAUAAAACUUUUGAUAUCCACGACUAUAUGAGUGAAGCUACUGUUGAUAUAUUGUUAGAAACUGCCAUGGGUAUUACAAAGCAAACACAAAUGGAAUCAGGAUUUGACUACGCUGUAGCUGUUAUGAAGAUGUGUGAUAUUAUCCACCGAAGACAUUACCAAUUCUGGAAGCGAUUCGACUUCUUAUUUAGGCUUACGCCGUUUUUUAAUAAGCAAAUUGAGUAUUUAAAUAUCAUCCACGGUCUUACUAAAAAGGUGAUCAAAAGUAAGAAAGAAACAUACAUGCAGAACAAAUCUAAAGGCAUCAUCCCACCCACAUUAGACGAACUUACUCGUAAUGUAGAAGAUGAUAGCAAUGACCUUGCGAACGGUAAAACUCUCGCUGAUACUGUAUUUAAAGGAUAUCGUGAUGAUCUGGAUUUCAAUGACGAAAAUGAUAUUGGUGAGAAAAAGCGUCUAGCAUUUUUGGACCUCAUGAUUGAGUCUGCCCAAAAUGGUACUAACAAAAUCACGGAUACUGAGAUCAAAGAAGAAGUGGACACAAUCAUGUUUGAGGGCCACGACACAACAGCAGCUGGUUCCAGCUUUGUCCUAUGCCUUUUGGGCGUCCACCAGGAUAUCCAAACCAAGGUAUACGAUGAGCUGUACGAGAUUUUCGGCGAUUCCGACCGACCAGCCACCUUCGCUGACACUCUGCAAAUGAAGUACCUCGAGCGAGUUAUAUUUGAAGCCUUAAGGAUGUACCCACCAGUGCCAAUUAUUGCCAGGAAACUUAACCGCGACGUCAAAAUUGUGACAGACAACCACAUAUUGCCGGCUGGUUCUACCGUGGUUGUGGCUACGUACAAGAUCCACCGUAGCCCGAAGUAUUACAAGAACCCAGAUGUCUUUGAUCCGGACAACUUCUUACCUGAGAACACACAGAACCGACACUACUACAGCUACAUUCCCUUCAGCGCUGGGCCCAGGAGUUGCGUCGGCCGCAAAUAUGCUUUAUUGAAGCUUAAAGUUCUACUGUCUACGAUACUACGCAAUUAUAAAAUGGUGUCAGACAUUCCUGAGGAGAAGUUCAAAUUGCAAGGUGACAUAAUUCUGAAGCGGGCUGAUGGAUUUAGAGUCAGAAUCGAACCCAGGAAGAGAAUACCUUCAACUGCUACUUAGAACCCUUCAUCCAUCAUCAUCAUUCUCAUGUCGACGAAGUUAUAUGCGGCGACGGUGACUCCCUAGAAUAAAUACGCUUAUGAUAAAUAAAUAAUAAUAUAUUUUA